AUGGUUGUGGCAUCGACCGAUUCCGCCCAAGGUGAUCAUACAUCAGCCUCCGAUUUCGGCCAUGGUAAUCUCAAUCCGCCCACCCAGGGUGGUGCGAAGUUGAAGCCGCCCUCUGAUUCCUGCCACGGUGAUCUCAAUCCACCCACCCAGGGUGGUGUGGAGCCGAAGCUGCCCUUUGAUUCCGGCCAAGCUGAUCUCAAUCCGCCCACCCUGGGUGGUGCGAAGUCGAAUCCGAAGCCGCCCUCUGAUUCCAUCCAAGCUGAUCUCAAUUCGCCCACCCAGGGUGGUGCAAAGCUGAAGCCGAAGCCGAAGCUGAACCCGCCGAAGACCGUUCCGAUUCCACCACCACCACCACCAUCUCCUCCUCCUCCUCCGAAGUAA